CCUCCGCUUCCCUGAUUCCCUCCCUUGCUGCCCGCCGCCGCUCUCCUCUUCUUGGUGUGGGGAGGUAAGAAACGUCAGCCGCCAGGGGACACUGCACUAGCCGGCUCCCUCUCUGCCCACCCGCCUCGCGAAACCUUCCGCAAGCUCCGUGCGCUGCGGCGCGCCUGGUCCGCUGCUAGCUCCGCGGAUAGGAGAGGAAGGGGGACCGGAUUGUGAGAGAUGGCCUCGCCGGAGCCAUCCGCGGCGGGUGCCGGCCCCGGGGGCGAGCCGACGAGCCAGGCGGCGGCGGUGGAACCGAUCCGAAUGCCGACGGUGGAGGAGAUCAAGGGGCAGGACAUCUGGAACAAUUGCGCCGUCCGCAGCGUCGUCAGUGGCGUCAUGGGAGGUGGUCUUGGUGUACUUAUGGGACUAUUCUUUGGAGCUUUGGACAAUCCAAUAACAGCAGAAGAGAUGAGUGCAAGGCAACAAAUAGUAUAUACGGCAAAACAGAUGGGCAGGAGAAGCAUAAGCAAUGCCAAAACCUUUGCAGUCAUGGGGCUCAUUUUCUCUGCAGCUGAAUGUUGCAUAGAGAAGGCUCGGGCGAAGCAUGACACCACCAAUACAGCGGUAGCUGGCUGUGUCACAGGAGGAACUUUAGCUGUAAAAGGUGGCCCUAAAGCUAUAUGUGUUGGAUGUGUGGGUUUUUCUGCCUUCUCAGUCGCGAUCGAGAAGUUCUUUGAUCGGCAUACUUGAAAUGAGUGCUGUCACUUCGAAAUGAAGCCGUUUUGUAGCAAGUACGAGCAGCAUUAGCAGAACAACUGAUUAUUUGCAACAUUCAGUCAUUGACAUGUCUUGAGAGAUCUUGUAACCUAAUAUUUUUGCUAUUUUCAAUUUCUUACCCAGCAUUAUAGAACUGGAGCACCUACGAGGUCUACCGGAACCAACAUUUGGCUGCGUCGUUCUUCCAAUAUGUCUUAUAUUAUUAUCACAAUCUUCAGCCAACAUUUUUCUGUAUCA